GGCAUAGACCAUUCCUCUCUUCUUACCUCAAACCAACUUCAAUUCUCUUUGAUCUAAUUCCAAUGGCCUCCGGUUCCUCCUCUACUGAUAUAGCUUCUUCUGGUGCUGGUGAUACAGCUUGCAGCUACGAUGUCUUUUUAAGCUUUAGUGGUGAAGAUACUCGAAAUUCUUUUACAGAUCAUCUCUACCAUAAAUUAAUUCAAGCGGGUAUUCGUACCUUCAGAGACAAUGAAGAAAUCAACAGAGGUGAAGAACUGAAACCUGAAAUUGAGAGAUCAAUCAAAGCAUCCAAGGCAUCAGUAGUUGUAUUGUCAAAGAAUUAUGCAACUUCGGCUUGGUGUCUUGAUGAACUUCUGCUCAUCCUCCAGCAAAGAUGGGAGUGUAAUCAUUUUGUUCUACCUGUUUUCUAUGACGUUGACCCCACGGAUGUUAGGAAUCAAAAAGGAAGUUUCGCCAUAAAAGUCAAACCUUCUCCAAAGUGGACAGAUCAGAAUGUAAACCAAUGGAAGACAGCUCUUACAGAGGUUGCUAAUUUGGCUGGCCAUGUUGCUUCUGGAUGCUAAAGGCAAGGAGAACAUGGUCGAUGACGAGC